CAUUGUGACAUCAGACAGAUGACUGUUGUUGACUCUCUAGUCUUUGUCAGUCUGUUUGUAGUCUGUGUCAUUCUGUGUGAUCCGAGACGUGUGUGAGUCUAGAUCCAAAUGACGGGUUGAAAUGAAUUUCAUUUUCUGGAAUUAUAAACUUGUUUUCAACGUCGAAUUACUAUUUUAAGUGCUUAACAUCACAAAAAAAUUAUUUUAAUUCGACUAAAAAGUUGAAAUAUCUGUUUUUAUUUACUUAUAUGUUAUUAAAAAUAGUUUUUACGAUUGAAAAUGUUCAGCAUGUGUCACCAUUCAUCAACAUAUUCUGUGAAACGGUGAACAGUCGUCAUGUGAAGAAGGUUAUGACUAUCUGGUGGAAGUUGAAAUAAUUUAUUCUGUGAACGUGUUGUGAAACAGUGCUGUUCCUCUUUUCUGGUGGAGGAGGUAAAUAAAUCCUGUCUCAAAAUGGCGGACCUCGAGGCUGUGCUGGCAGACGUGAGCUACUUGAUGGCUAUGGAGAAAUCGAAAUGCACUCCUGCAGCACGAGCUAGCAAAAAAAUCGUUCUUCCAGAUCCAAGUGUUCGGAGUGUAAUGCACAAAUACAUGGAAAAGAAAAACGAAGUGAACUUUGACAAAAUAUUCAAUCAAGUAUUAGGUUAUUUAUUAUUUAAGGAAUUCUGUGAACAGACGUCAGACGAACCAGUGCCACAAUUAAAAUUUUACGAAGAGAUAAAACUGUUCGAGAAACAAGAAUGCGUGGAAGAAAGGCAACGAAUCGCGAGGGAUAUUUACGAUAAUUUUAUAAUGAAGGAAUUACUAUCACAUGCGCAUGAUUAUUCUAAAGAAUGCGUAGCUCAUGUACAGAAGUAUUUAUUGAAGCAUGAAGUACCACCAAAUCUAUUUGAGCCAUAUAUAGAGGAAAUAUUCCAACAUCUUCGUGGAGAGCCAUUCAAAAAUUUCUUAGAAAGUGAUAAGUACACGAGGUUUUGUCAAUGGAAGAAUCUAGAACUAAACAUCCAGCUAACUAUGAACGAUUUUAGCGUACAUCGUAUUAUCGGCAGGGGAGGUUUCGGAGAGGUAUACGGAUGUCGGAAGGCGGACACAGGAAAAAUGUACGCAAUGAAAUGUCUCGAUAAGAAACGAAUAAAGAUGAAGCAAGGAGAGACGCUUGCCUUGAACGAGAGGAUUAUGCUCUCGCUAGUCAGUACCGGGGUCGACUGUCCGUUUAUCGUAUGUAUGACGUACGCGUUUCACACUCCCGAUAAGCUGUGCUUCAUCCUGGACCUGAUGAAUGGAGGCGACCUCCACUAUCAUCUCUCCCAGCAUGGAGUAUUUAAUGAAGCCGAAAUGAAGUUCUACGCUGCCGAAGUAAUAUUAGGUUUGGAGCACAUGCACAAACGUCACAUAGUUUAUAGAGAUUUGAAGCCUGCGAACAUACUCCUCGACGAGCAUGGACACGUUAGAAUAUCAGAUCUAGGCCUCGCCUGUGACUUCUCCAAAAAGAAACCUCACGCUAGUGUCGGCACUCACGGCUACAUGGCCCCCGAGGUUCUCUCGAAGGGGACAGGCUACGAUUCGUCCGCGGAUUGGUUCAGUUUCGGCUGCAUGCUCUACAAGCUGCUCAAGGGACAUUCCCCGUUCCGCCAGCACAAAACCAAAGACAAGCACGAGAUCGACAAGAUGACCCUGACAAUGAAAUAUAACGUUUACCAGAACGUGGAGCUACCGGAGUCGUUCAGUCCUAGUCUGAAGAGUCUUCUCGAAGGUCUGCUCCAAAGGGAUAUCAACAAACGUCUCGGCUGCAAAGGAAGAGGCGCCGACGAAGUGAAGGAGCACGUUUUCUUCGCUGGCAUCGAUUGGCAGCAGGUUUACCACCAGAAGUACACUCCGCCACUGAUACCGCCGCGCGGGGAGGUCAACGCCGCCGAUGCCUUCGACAUUGGAAGCUUCGACGAAGAAGACACCAAAGGAAUUAAGUUAACAGAAACGGAUCAGAUGCAAUACAAGGACUUCCCUUUGGUGAUAUCGGAACGUUGGCAGGCCGAAGUCGCUGAGACCGUAUUCGAUACGGUCAACCUGGAAGCCGACAAGCUCGAACAGAAGAGGAAGGCUAAACAGAAGCAGAAGUUCGACGCUGACGAGAAGGAAUCGGAUUGUAUACUCCACGGUUACAUUAAGAAGUUGGGCGGCCCCUUCGCUAGUGCGUGGCAAACUCGUUACGCCAAACUGUACCCGAACCGGCUCGAGCUGCACCUCGAGAACAGCGCCAAGCCCGAAAUGAUUCUGCUGGACACUGUCGAGGAGGUUUCCUCCGACUUCGUUUCCAUCAAGGGAGAGCAGUGCAUCGUGCUGCGAACCCGAAACGACACCAAGGUCGUGCUCACGAAUACGGACGAGAUCGGCCUGAAGGAGUGGGCCCUGUCGCUGCGUUCGGCUCACAAAUGUUCCCAAGAACUCCUUGCCUCGAUGGCGAAGAAAGCCGGCAAGAUCUACGGGACGGACGGCGCCAAAGAAGGAGCGCCCCCCGCGCGGCCCCUUCCCGCCGCCCCCGCCCCUCCGCGGCCCUCUAAUGGCACCAACUAGCACGAGCUCCCCGCGUCCAACAAGGGCGCGAAGAUGUUCCGCCGCUCCAAGAGCGCUGCGCAACUCAUCAAGUGAACCGCUGCCGGUGUCUGACUGUCCCGUGAUCUGCACAGUGGGCGUCCGCCACAGUGAAUGUGUUUGUUAUACGAAUUAAAGUGAUGGGAAUGAAAAAAAAUAGCAAAAUGUAUAGAUUUGUACAUUGUGGUGUUCGAGACGCCUUUCGAGACUAGUGACGGUCGCGUGCCCUUUCGGAUGUUGUACGUGGCUCCACAGUGAGCAUUGUUAUGAUUCUAUUACGUGAGCACAGUGAACACUCAAGCGAGUCAAUGUAAUAAAUCGGGAAGUCCUGAAACAAAACAAGGAAUAUAAGUAAGUAUUUAACAAAUCGAUCAUGACUAAAUUAAUGAAUGUAUUAACGAUUUCGAGACGUUUCAAUUCUUUAUUGUACGUUUAAUAAUAGAUGCUUCAAUUUAUUCGAGUUUAGAGGUUAGAGACUAGCACCUCGGUUACACUUCUGACUAAUUAUGCACACACGAGCAAACAUAAGUACCGCAUUCCGUGUUGGCUCCGGUAGCUCUCUUAAUGUAGACAAUAUUAAUUUAUAGAAUUAAUAAUAAUUAUUAUGUUACUGUUCCCUCAUACUGUAGAUAUAUGAACGGGACACCUUUUAAUAAUUUGUAAAAAGGUACUUAAUAAUAUAUUUUUUUCUCUAAUGUGUUCCCGAACAGUCUAUUCGAGUUUAGUUACUAUGAAAUGUUAUUUAUACAUAGAAUUCAAUGUAAGUAGAUAUUAAAAAUGUCUUUUCUUAUAAUAUGAUAAAUAUUUAGAGGCAGUACUUUUUUAACGAUGUUUAGGUGUGGUGAUCAAUAAAUAACAUUAGUAUAAAUGCAAUGUAUGUAUAGGAAAUUUUAAAGCAUUUUCUAUAGUGUAUAACAAUGGAUAUGUGCGGGCGACUCGGCAUGAGCAGGACGACAUUUGUAUGUUACUGUAUGUUUUGUAAUUGUACAGCGAUGCAUGUUCCGUUAAUGUUCCGUGUCUGAUGCAGGUUUGAGUUUCGAAGGAGCCGUUCGGUUUGUUGCCAUAUUUGUCGCGUGAACAGUACAUUCUCUCACUAGUAGUAUAUCCUAGUAAGUUUAUUAAUUUAUUAAUUUUAGUGAAUACACAAUAAGUGUAAAGGAUAAGCAAUACUUGUGGGUGACAGGGUGAGGCGAGUUUUCGACUCAGCACUUUCCGCAUUCACGUGAACUCCGUUAAGAUCUAUUUUAUUCACGUGUACUCAAUAUUACUAAAAAUUAUUCAAAAAUCAACACGAUCGGAUCGUUUUUUUUCAUUUCAUCGAUAAAACCUAUCGAUUAGACAAAAUCGAUAAUGAUGUGAUUAUUUCACUAUCCAUGAAUUCUAUACAUAGUUUCAAAUAGGAGUUAGACUAAUAUGUAGGAAUGGUUUAAUGUAAUCAAAUAUCGCGUACUCUAUAGGAUCGAGUAGUUGCAGUUUUAUUUCUAACAAAAAAAAGUAAUAUUAAUGUACAAUUUGAUUAGAAAUCAAUUUAAUAGGAUAUUUAAUGUAAAAAUUCACUCAUAAAUAUGCCUAAGUUACGGUAAAUCCUAUCACAACUAGGCUGACGUAUGGCGUAACGUAUGCGAGUAGCGAUAUCGCUAUAUUUUGCCAAAUAAUGAGUGUUUGUUCUAAAGUCAAAAUCGGGCCGUCUCGUACAUGAACUGUCCUAUCAAAAGGGGCUCUGUAAAUCCGAAGUGUGUCUUAACUCAUAUUUGUUACGAACACACUAAAAACUAAAUGAUGAAGUUCAUAUAACCAGAAAGAAAUCUAAACUAUCUUGGAUCCCCCAACAAAGUUAUUAGGAAUGUGAAAAGCAAUAAUAAUUAUAAAUAAUAAAAUAGUAAUUAUCUUUCCAUACCAAUAAAAUUAAAACAAAUAUUAAUUGUAAUUAAAAGAAAUCUUCAUACCAACGUACCAGUGCCACCACUGUAUUGUGUCUGUAGGAUAGGACAGCUAAUAUAAACAAAUAGGUAUAUUACACAUCACAAUAUGUAUUUGGAAAAAUAAGGCAUAGUACACACAUUAAUACUGCAAUAAUAAAUGAAAAGUAGAUUUUUUUGUUGGUAGAACAAGAGUGCUACCGUACUGUGAAUUAUUUUUUAGACUAACACACUAAAUACUCAUCUGUGAACAGGCUAUAUUGUAAAGUAUAUAUUCUACUAAACUAUGGUAAAUGAUUAGGAACUAGUCAAAACAAUUAAUAAAUUGACAAUUUUUUUUUAUUAAAAUUAAGUAAUUUAAAUAAUGUACAAUAUUAACUAUUUGAACAGUAUUAUAGGUUACUUUUGUUCGUACUUGUUCACUUCAAUCUAUUGUGAUAUGUUUUCUUAGUAUAGUAAUUUCUGAAGAAAAUACUUAAUCUUUAAAUUAACAUAUAAUCUUGUACUUAGCUCCUAUGUUAAUAAUAUAUUUUGUUAAAUAGUAUCGUACAUAUUAUAAUCAUAGGAUAUGUGUAUUGUGACAGAAAAUGUAGACGCCACAAGUAUACCCUAGCUAUUUGCACAUUAAUAAAAUAGCUGCAUUUGUAAAUCUGAUUGUAAUGGCCAAAUUAGUCGAUGACAACACAUUCCGGUUUGCCAAAUUAGGUAAUACUUUUAACAUAAUGCAUUUAACAAUAUUUAUAUCAUCACACAAACUAUUAAGAGUAAUAUUUAAAUAAUAAUAAAAACUCAUUUAAAAUAUAAGCUUGUAAAAAUAGUCGUAGCGUCGCCACGUUUCUUGAUCUGCAUCAGACAUUUUGUUACAUACCUCUGUUAGAUAAUACUUUUAUUGUAAACCUACAUUAUGUGUAGUAAAAUGUUUAUUUAAUCAACAA